ACUCGUGUAACUGCGUGCCUGACGUUUUAUUUUGAAGAGUCCAGCCGGAGGCGCGAGGAACAGACGGGGGGUUAAAUCGCUGGCACAAGUCGUCCCAUCCACUAACAGCGGCGGCCUCUGGUCGGACGCGUUCAGCGAUGCGGCCUGGUCCACUGGUUCCAUUGGUUCUACUGGAUCCACCGGUUCCACCGCCUCCACAGCAGCGCGUCGCCUACGGUCCCGUCCGGGCUUCGCCCCUGCGGUGACUUUCGGAGCGGCCAUGCCAGAAUGUGCAGGCGGGUAGAGAGCGGCAGAGGUCAGCGAGGCCAGCGAGCCGGCGUCGAGCUCCCAUCGGGGAUCGAGUGACACAGGAGCGGCCGCUCCGCGCAUGAAGCCCGGUCGCAGGCACGAUGAGGAGCGGCAGGGUCAUCCGGGUGGUGUUCGGCUUGAGCCUGGGAUGCUUCGUUAUGGUCAUCUUCUACUUCAACAGCAGCCUGAGGCCAGCCUCAGAGCCGGACAGUGACAGAAGCAGUGGGCAGAGAUCGAGGAGGAGUCCGCUACAGACACUGUACGACGGGGUCCAGGUGGAAGCAGCAGUGCAAGUGAUCCAUCAGGGCAGACGGGAGCUAUUGGAAGAAGCCUGUCGCUCCUACACUCACAAGCGCAGGGUCCUCAUUCCUGAGGACUUGAAGCAUGUGAUCGUAGACGACCAACACGGCUUGCUGUACUGCUACGUGCCCAAAGUAGCCUGCACCAACUGGAAGCGGGUGCUCAUGGUUCUCACAGGUGCCGCUGGCUCCAUCCACGACCCACUGGCCAUUCCAGCCAACGAGGCCCACGUCCCAGGAAACCUCCGCACGCUGUCGGAGUACUCCACCUCCCAGAUUAACCAGCGCCUGCGCUCCUACCUGAAGUUCGUCUUUGUACGCGAGCCCUUCGAGCGGCUGGUGUCCGCGUACCGCAACAAAUUCACCCGUAGUUACAACACAGCUUUCCAUAAACGUUACGGUACGAAGAUCGUUCGCCGGCACAGGCCGGACCCCCAGCCAGAGGCUCUAGAGAGGGGGAACGACGUCUCCUUUGAGGAGUUCGUGUAUUACCUGGUGGACCCGGCCACCCAGCGAGAGGAACCGUUCAAUGAGCACUGGGAGCGGGUGCACUCACUGUGCCACCCCUGCCUCAUCCACUACGACGUGGUGGGGAAAUACGAGACGCUGGAGCAGGACUCCCGCUACGUCCUGCAGCUGGCUGGGGUAGAGGACCAUGUCAGUUUCCCCGCCUCGUCCAAAAGCACAAGGACUACUGGGGACAUGGCUGCACAGUUCUUCCAAAACAUCAGCCCUUUCUACCAGAAGAAGCUGCACAACCUCUAUCGUAUGGACUUCCUGCUUUUUAACUACUCUGUUCCAACCUAUCUCAAGUUCACAUGAGGGUGAACAUUAUUCACGCAGAGCCUGAAUGUUUGUCUGUCUGAGUACACAACAGCACCGUAAAACAUGGUGUACUGUGAGAGUUUAUUUUUACAGGGAGCUUCUGUGCCUACGCAGGGAGUGAUGCAGUCACUGUCUUUGAAUGUGUGAAAUGUCAUAACUUUAGUAUUUUUAUAUCAGGACCAUCGUCUGCUGUUAAAAUUUGCACAACAAAUGGAAUGUGUACACGAGGAGGACCGGACCUUCAAACGGUGACUGCUUCCAGAUGGACGUGCCUUCAGUCACAGGCCUCACGGUGCCUCUGGCAAACCGAGCUUCUUGGGGAAAAACCUCCUUCUGCAGUAAAAGCCCAAUGACAGUGUGGUUAUUUAUUGUUGUUGACUCCACAAAGUAAGGUGAACCAAAAUAGAAAUAGUUUCACUCAGUUGUUAAAUCAAUAAAUACAUUUAUCCAA